CAAAAGGCUACCGAUUCUCCAUCCUCCCAAUCCUUCUUAGUACGAAGCUAAGUUACGGUUGCGUGCCAUGAACUCACCUCCCGGCACUCUCAUGUGAACAAAAAAUCUCCACUACCAACGCUCCAGCACCACCACCUCCAUCUUCCCGUGGGCUUUGGCUUUUGACGACUCUCCAUCUCUAACUCAAUGACGACCCGACGGUGAUUUUGAACAUUCACAGAGAAAUGACAGCAGACCUCGUCGCUGCUGUCGCUGUACAACCCAACUCAAGAUGCUCUCCCGCAUUCCCCCACAAACCCACAAUAGCUACUCCGAUUACCACGAUUAUGGCCAGAGAUCCGACAUGAUCACGUCUCAGCCCCAUCAACUCUCCUCGAUCCUGCAACAGAACCCACAGUCGUACGAGAACGAUAAUUUGCAAGCUGGUCGCAAGAGGAGGGAGUCGGAACUCGAUGCAAACGCCUUCGCUGAAGCGGCGGCCGUUCGCCGCAGGAUAAGUCGAGCUUGUGACCAGUGCAACCAAUUGCGCACAAAGUGUGAUGGUAAACAGCCUUGCGCGCAUUGCACCGAAAAUUCUCUCGUCUGCGAGUAUGCUCGAGCUCAUAAGAAGAGGGGCCGCGCUCCGAAAAAAGAGGCAGGAGAUCAAAAUGAGGAGGCAAUCUUUGCGGAUUCUCAACCGCCGCCAAACAAUUCCUCUGCCAUGCACCAAACUGCAGGUACGCGCAAAUACUCGAGCACAUCAUAUACAGGAAGAGAGGGACUGGUCGAGACAAAUGGUCUACCCUCCACCAACACCCCUACCAGCGCCACCUUCGAUACUGGUCACCAUCAAAACAACUUCUUCAAUGGAUUCGACCCGGCAGGCACGAUGGGCCUCACGAACGGAGGGCAAAUGCACGAUAUCGACCCCUCCAUGGUGCCUCAGAUGAAUACGCGUGCCAUUGAUUUUGCCAUGCCGACUCAAGCCUUCAAUACCUCGGCAUUGGACUCAAUGCAUGUUUCGGGUGCGGUCCAAGGUUUUGGAUUUCCACUGGGAGACGAUUACUCGGUAGCGUUCAUGGGAAAGGCGCCCAUGGUCGAGUCGCCAGACUGGUUGGCUUUGACCUCUCCCAUGUUCGUCCAUGAACCCUUACCAGCACAGCCUCGCAUCACCGAUACUCUGAGGUACCCUGUACUACGUCCUCUAUUGCCUCAUAUUGAGCCAAUACUUCCGCAAGCUCUGGCUUGUGACUUACUGGAACAAUAUUUUACGAGUUCAACUUCUGCCUACCUCAGACCCGCUAAUCCUUAUGUCCUUGGAUACAUUUUCCGCAAGAAGUCAAUAUUGCAUCCGACUGACCCUCGACCUUGUACGCCCGCGCUUCUUGCUAGCAUGCUAUGGACCGCUGCUCAGACAAGCGACGCACCCUAUUUGACCAGCCAGCUGGAUGCCCGGGCCCGGAUUUGUCAACGCCUACUAGAACUCACAAUCAACAUGCUGAAGCCCUUGGUUCACAGUCAUCCGAAUACUGCUGUGGCGACACCCAAUCCCAACUAUCCCCAGAUGGCAGUCAACGAUACUGGACUGGGCGCCUUGGUGGUGCCAACUCAAGCAGGCGGGAACGGGGUAGAUCACGCACAGGUUGAUAAUCUCGCUACUUAUAUACAUUUGGCUACCGUGGUGUCGGCCAGCGAACGCAAGGCGGCCAGUUUGAGGUGGUGGAACGCGGCUUGGUCGUUGGCGCGUGAAAUCAGGCUUGGCCGUGAAUUACCUCCUAACCCCACCGCGGAGGACGGAGAAGACAGCACGACAGACGCAAACCCGGGCGAAGGGCGUAAAAGCUCGGUGGAUGACAGCCGCGGCAAGCCUUCAGGCUAUGUGUCUGAGGAGGAACGGGAAGAGCGACGGCGGACGUGGUGGCUGUUGUACAUGCAAGAUCGGCAUUUGGCGCUGUGCUACAACCGACCCAUGUUCUUCCUGAACAAGGAAUGUGAGGGUUUGCUCCAGCCUCUUGACGACGAAGCCUUCCAGGCGGGCAGGUUUGACAGGGCAUCCGAUUCCGCGCACCGAAGGCGUGGGUUGAACAUCGAGUGCACAUCACAUAGUGUCUUCGGGUAUUUCCUACCCCUGAUGGUCAUUCUGGGGGAAAUUCUCGAUCUGAAUCACGCACGCAAUCGUCCUCGGUUCGGGCCUAGAGCUAAGAUGGCCAAGAACUGGGACGAGCAUACAGACGAAAUCACACAGCAACUGGAGGCUUACGGCCAGAGUCUGAAGGAAUUCGAGGCGUCUGGGGGGCAUCCAGUGGACGGCAGCCACAACGAUGCCGUUACGCCGUCAGUGGUAUCUGCAGGUACCAAUGAGUCGCACAGCGCUGCUGAACUCGCGCUGCAGACCAAGACGGUGGUGGCAUAUGGAAUGCAUAUCAUGCACGUGCUGCACAUCCUCCUGACCGGCAAAUGGGAUCCGAUUGCGUUACUAGAUGACAAUGACCUGUGGAUUUCGUCACAGUCGUUUGUGACAGCAACUGGCCAUGCCGUGAGUGCGGCCGAGGCAGUAUCCGAAGUCAUCGAGGUUGACCCCGACUUGAGUUUUAUGCCUUUCUUCUUUGGAGUGUAUCUGCUUCAGGGCAGCUUCCUGCUGUUGUUGUUUGCGGAUAAGCUCCAAGGCGACGUGAGUCCGGACGUGGUGAAGGCCUGUGAGACGAUUGUACGGGCCCAUGAGGCGUGCGUUGCAACGCUGGACACUCAAUAUCAGCGAAAUUUCCGAAAAGUGAUGCGAUCGGCUCUACAACAGGUUCGCGGACGUAUCCCUGAAGAUCUGGCCGAACAGCAACACUGGAGGCGAGAGGUCCUCGCCUUGUACAGGUGGACAGGCGACGGCACUGGCCUUGCAUUGUGACCACAACUUACUGGGCUAAUAUGG